GUGUUUUUUUUUCUUUCUUUUCAGUGAACAAGGAGAGGACAGCAGAGAGCAUAAACCACACUGUGAUUCCUGGUCGGGCUCUCUUUAUUAUUCAUCUAUAACAGUUAUUUUCACAGCAUACGAAGAUAAUGGCCAAUAAGAAAAAAGUAGUGGUGACAGGGUUUGAGCCCUUUGGGGAGCAUGCUGUGAACUCCAGCUGGGUGGCGGUGCAGGAACUGGAACGAUUAGGACUGGGGGAGACAGUAGAUCUUCAUGUGUGUGAGUUACCUGUCGAUUAUCAGGCUGUUGAGAACAUUUUGCCAUCUCUGUGGAAAGAACAUCAACCCCAGCUGGCAGUCCAUGUGGGUGUUUCUGGGGUAGCGACCUCAGUCACUUUGGAGCAGUGUGGCCACAACAAGGGCUACAAACGUCUGGACAACCGCAGCUUCUGCCCAGCCUCCCACUGCUGCAUGGAGGAUGGACCCGACUGCAUAAAAUCAGUCAUAGACAUGGACACAGUAUGCAAAAGGGUCAACGGGUCAAACAUGGGGAUAACUGUGUGCGUAUCAAUGGAUGCUGGAAGGUAUCUUUGUGAUUACACCUACUACAUGUCUCUGCACCAAGGCCAGGGUCGCUCCGCAUUUGUCCAUGUGCCUCCGUUAGGAGGACCCUACAGCAGGGGUGAGCUGGGCAGAGGCCUUCAGGCUGUUGUGAAGGAAAUGAUGAGCUUGCUGGACACUGAUUACACUGAAGAGGAGCAAAAAGACAACAAAUGCUGUCAUCAUAAGCAAUAACACUAAAGAGAACCAUUACAACAUUUGUACAAAUGAAAACAGCCAAUUUCCUCGUGUUUCACUUUACUUGGCAUCAUGUCUGAGACAAAGAACUGCAACUCAAUUUUGAUUUAAAACAAAGUCAAAAUAUUCAAUGGGGACCACCUUAAUGAGUUUUAUAUCUCUAGUUUAAGGUAAUCCAAGCAUGAAUUUUGCUAUUUUUUUAAAUGCAAAGCACAAUCUAUAUAUGACAGAAAUGUAAAGAUGUAAUGAUCUCAGGGAAAAACUUCACAUGGAGUCAGCAUUGACAGAUGUGUUUAAUACUGUAUGUAUGUAUUAUAGCUUUGCAAAGCAAAGCAGGUAAAUCUGGGUGAAAGAAUAAAAAACUUGUCUGUA